AUGAUCAUGGCCACUAUACCAGUUAAAAAUCGUUUGAAAUUAAUAAUACCACAACCACCAAAAGGUGGCAGAAUACUAAAGACAUGUACCAGAUGUCGUCGCCAUAAAACCAAAUGUGAUGCACAAGUUACCAACCCUUAUCCAUGUUCACAUUGUUUCAAGAGGAAUUUAGAUUGUACAUUGGAAACAAUAUCGAAAACUGGAGGUAAAAUUACUUCAUUAGAUGUUAUAGAGAAAUUAUCUAUCCAAGUAACUGAUUUAAAAGAAGUGUUGGAUAAUAUUAUUAAUAGAAGAAACCAAAUGGUUGAAUUAUUGAUACAAAGAGGUAAACAGUUAGAAAGCUUUGAGGAUAUAGAUUCAACUACUACAUUAAUACAAGAACCAGAACCAUCAAAGAUAGAAAGCCCUAAAGUAUAUACACCUCCAGUUGCUGAAAUACAAUCAUGUAUAUCUACACCUACCCUUUCCCCAGAAGUUUUCCCUUGUAAAACGGAUUUUGAAAGCCCAGCCAGUAGUUCAAAAUUUAUUAUAUCAUGUAACAAACAAUUCAAAGCAAUUACCCUCACACAUAAACAAGCACUAAAACAUUUCACCAAUUAUGAAAAUAAUUUUAAUCAUUAUCUACCUAUUUUCCCUCAUGAAUUCUUCACAAGUUUAGAUUUGGUUGCAUUUCAUAAAGAAAAUGAAUUAUUAUUCUGGUGUAUUAUGUUGACUUCACUUUUAAACCAAAAAGAACUGUAUCAUGAAUAUCAAUGUUUAGCAGAACAUAUUAAAUAUCUUGUUGUCAAAAAAUGUUGGCUAAAUACUCCAAGAUCAGUAUAUGUGAUUUCAUCAUUAUUGAUUUUGACAACCUGGCCAUUACCAAAUUACAAAAAUAACAUCGAAGAUAAUAUAUCUGUUAAAUUUAUAUCGACAAUGAAAUCAUUAUCAUAUCAAUUUGGGUUACACAAAUUAGAAUUUAUUAAUGAGUUUAGUCAUAAAACAAAAAUGAAUUUAUCUCAAGAAAUCAAUUCUAAUAAUUUAAUAAGAGAAAGAAUUUAUAAAUUUGUUAAUAUUGUUUCAAAUUAUUGGUUAAUUAAUUUAGGUAUUUCUAAUAAUAAUUAUAAUGGGUUUACUCAAGAUUAUAUCAUUAAUAAGGCAUCCAACAUUGAUAUUUAUAAAAUGGACCAAUUUGAUGAACCUGAUCAAUAUAUUAAUUGUAUGUUGAAAAUUUCCAUGAUUCAAUCCAAAUUAAAUGAAAAUAUGAAUAAUUUAAUUGGUGAUUCAAAUGAAUCAAUUUUACUUUUACCUAAUCAAGCUAAUACUUCCAAAUUAAUUAAUUUUAAUAUGUUUGAAAUUAUUAUAAAUGAUUUAAAUAAAUUAAAAUUAGAAAAUAUUGAUUCUAUUCAUAAAGAUUUAAUUGAUAUUUCUAUUUAUUAUUCUAAAUUACAACUUUUCAUUUAUUCAAUGUCACAUUCAGAAAUUUCAUUUACCGAGUAUCAAAUUUAUUUAAGUAAAUUAUUAAAAGUUUGUUUCCAAAUUAUUGAAUUAAUUAAUUCAAUUCCUAAUUUUAAUUUACAACAAAUGCCAAUAUUUUAUAAAUUCCCCAUAGAAUUAACUAUUUUAACAUUAUUAAGAAUUUUUAAAUCUCCAAUGUUAAAUACUAUUGAAGAUUAUAAAAUUAUUAAAUAUAAUGGUUUUGAUAAAUUAUUUAAACUUUUAUUUAAUGAUGAUAAUUGGAAAUUUAUCAAUAUUAAAAUUUGGAAAAUUAUUGAAAAAUUUAAUCAAUUGGAUAAUGUGUUUAUAUUGGAAAAUCAAGGUGAUUCAUUUUUCUUAAUUGAUAAAAUGAAAAAUUAUCUUGUUGGUAGUUUAAAUUAUGAAUUAAUAUGGUUAAUUUAUAAGAAUCAAAAAAAUCCUACUCAAACUCUGCACCAAGGCAAAGACAUCAAUUUAUCAUUUUAUAAUCCCCAUGUGAUUGAUUAUUUGAAAUCUAAUGAAUCUAUCUAUAUUCUGAAAAUAGCUAUAUAG